UCCCAAGGUCAUCUAAUCAUUUUGAGAGCUAGUACAUUCGCAUCUGUGAUACCGCAUUUAUAAAUAAUAUACUACAACUUAGUGCAUAAGUUCUCACUUAUAUAGAAUUCACACGCAAUUGCUAAGCAACACGUAUUUCUACAUUAAGUCAUUAAUUAUCCUUGAUUUAAUUAAAUUAAAAGUGAAGUGCCGUCAGGUAAAUCCCGCGGCUGUUAAAAUGGUGACAGCGAAAAAGUUCAUUUUAAAAAAGAAAUUUAGUGGUGCCGCAAGUCCAUCGAACGUUGAAAUUGUCGAAGAGGAGUUGCCCCCGAUCAAGGAUGGAGAAUUCCUCACGGAAGCGGUUUACAUUUCCGUCGACCCCUACCAAAGGGCUUACAACCAAGAGGUAGGGCAAGUUAUGGCAGGAAUACAAGUGGCAAAAAUAAUAGAGAGUAAAUUGGAAAGUUAUCCUGUCGGAAAGUACGUGGUGACCCAUUUCGGAUGGCGAACGCAUACCAUUUCAGAAGGACUAACCGCACCAUGGGGAAUUGUCCUCGACUUUGGAAACCUGCCGCUAUCACUUGCACUUGGAGUGCUGGGGAUGACGGGAAAUACGGCGUAUUUCGGAUUAAUGGAAAUAUGUAAGCCUCAGAAGGGAGAAACGGUGGUUGUAUCUGGAGCAGGUGGGGCUGUUGGUAGUCACGUUGGUCAAAUUGCCAAAAUUAUUGGAUGUAAGGUAAUUGGAAUUCUGGGAGAUGAUGAGAAGGGAAAGUACAUUACUGAAGAGUUGGGUUUCGAUCAUUACAUUAAUUACAAAAAAGCUAACAUCAAAGAAGAAUUAACAACAUAUGCCCCUGACGGCAUUGAUUGCUACUUUGAUAAUGUGGGAGGUGAUAUAAGCGCCACAGUGAUCAGCUUGAUGAAUAAAUUUGGUCGUAUUUCUGUAUGUGGAUCAAUUUCCUCGUACACCCUCGACACAUAUGAUAUGCUAAAGUUUACACCUAUUGCAGCAAUCUUUAUCGGGAACGAGCUUCGUAUGGAAGGUUUUAUGGUGACCCGAUGGUUUGACAGAUGGAAUGAAGGAAUCGAGCAAAAUCUGAAAUGGGUAAAGGAAGGCAAAUUAAAGUACAGAGAAACCAUCACAGAAGGAUUCGAAAAUACAAUACAAGCCUUUAUGGACAUGUAUGAAGGAAAAAAUACUGGGAAAGCUAUCGUUAAAAUUUAAAAGCAUUGUUUUAUAAACUGUAAAAAAUGAAAUGUUUGCAUAAUUCUGCUGUAAUUAUAAAAUAUAAAACUGAUGAGACUCGGCGUUGUCAUCCAAUGGUGAAUAAUAUUAACUUUA